AUGAGGAUAGGAGCUAGGCGAGCCAGCAGAAUGGAAUCGACUACGGAGGCGAGCGGUAUAAUGCGAGAGUACGACGAUUGCAUAUUCCUGAACAGAUUGGGCCUGACGAUGGUGGGGAUCUGGCCGCUGGAGCACAAUGCCUCGAGGCUGCGCAUUGUCCUGCGGAGGAUCCACCUAGGCGCGAUCUACGUCCUGAUGCUGUCCGUCGUGAUUCCGCAAUGGUUCGACAUCUAUUGUCUCUGGGGCAACAUCGACGCCAACACCGAGACCUUCAUGUCCAACGUCUUCAUGAUCGCCGUUAUGAUUAAGAUUUCCAACUUCUUGAACUCGAUGCGCCUGUUCGAGGACGUGCUGAGGACGAUGAGGCUCAACUGGCUGGACGUGAUGAGACUGUCGAGCGGCGAGCUGGAGAAAAAGGAGAUAAUGCAGGGCCUGUCGAUGAAGGCUCGCAGUCGCGGCAGAGUCUACGGCCUGGUAGUCGUCAUGACCGGGGCGAUGUACGGCCUCAUGCCGCUGAUCGGCAGCAACAAGGUCGCGAGUCUGCGGGAUAGGAGUUAUCCCUUCUUCGGGAGGUACUUGUUCGACAGGAACUCGGACACCGUUUACAGGCUGUGCUACUUGAGCCAGCUGAUGUCAGGCUCGGUGACGGCCGUAGCGAACUUUGCGACGGACGCGAUCUUCCUGUUCUGCGUUUACCACUUUUGCGCCCAGCUCCGUAUUCUCCAAACGGACCUGCUCAAGCUGGGCGGUCCCAGGUUCGACUCGCGCGAGGCUCUCGUCCAGCUGAUUCGCCGCCACCAGAAGGAGAUCAGGAACGUGCGGGCGCUGCAGUCGCUCUUCAGCAUCUCGAGCCUGCAGCAACUGUUCUUGAGCUGCCUGAUGAUCUGCCUGAACGGCUUCAAGCUCAUAGUCUCUCUCUGCAACCGGGAGGUCGACAUCCUGAUGUACAUAGUCUGCCUGCCGGUGACGCUCUUUCAGAUCCUCUUCUACUGCCAGCCGGGCAACGAGCUGAUCGUCCAGAGCCAGUCGCUGGACGAGGCCAUCCAGCAGUCGCACUGGGUGAAUCUGGACCGGCUGUCCAAGAGGCAGCUGUUUUUCAUGAUUCAGAGGAGCCAGAAGCCGCUCGCAAUCACGGCCGGGAAGAUCUACGUGCUGUCGCUGGAGAACUUCAUGAGGAUCGUCAAGACGGCGAUGUCGGCACUCUCGGUGCUCCAAGCCAUGUACCGCAAGACCGGCAGCUAG